AUACCAUACAAGUCAAUGCGAGUUGAAAUUUUAGUCUGCCGAUAAUUCAGAAAAACAAAGAAACAAAUUUAGAAGCAAAUCUAUGAGAAAUUCAAGUGAAAUCUACUACUGAGACAAGCUCUGGUAUGUUGGCUGUACCAGAACGUUGGUUGAACUGCCCUCGCAAGGGAACCUUGAUUGCAGGAAAGUUCCUCCCUUUUAAGACUCCGCUUGGUCCAAAGUACAAUGACAGCAUUCCUGAAGAGAACCGUUUUGACACUUCCAUGUUGUUUGCCUACAUGAACUCCAGGCAGGUCAAACUUGGCUGGGUCUUUGACCUCACCAAUACAAACAGGUUCUACGAUAAGGAUGAGAUCGAGAAGAAUGGAGCCAGACACAUCAAGCUGCCAUGUAGAGGACGUGGUGAAUGCCCUUCCAAAGAACAGACAUCCCUCUUCAUCCAGAUGUGUAGCACCAACUGCAAGAACCCUGAUCAGAUUAUUGGUGUACACUGUACCCAUGGUUACAACAGGACUGGUUUUCUUAUCUGCGCUUACCUGGUAGAGACCUUGGACUGGAGUGUGGAUGCGGCAGUGAGUCUGUUUGCCCAGGGCAGGCCUCCAGGCAUCUACAAAGGAGACUACAUCCAAGAGCUUUUUGAUCGCUAUGGCGAUGUCUCGGAAGCUCCUCCCCCUCCUGACCUGCCCGAUUGGUGUGUUGGAGCUGAUGACAGAGAUGACGAUGAAAUUGCAGCUUCUUCCAAGAAACAGGGAGGAGGAGGAGGCAGAAAUAAAAACCAACAAGAUAAGCAGUUUGUGGAGGGAGUAAAAGGUGUGACAGUUGUGACAGAUUUCCAGAAAGCCAACCAUCUCAGAAGAAAAGUGGAGCAAAUGGUCGGAUGGAAAAGACAAGAGUUCCCAGGCAGUCAACCUGUUUCCAUGGAUAGGAACAACAUCAACUUCCUGAAGAAGAAUUACUACUGGGUCAGCUGGAAAGCAGAUGGGAUAAGGUACAUGAUGUUAAUAGAUGGUCCAGGAGAGGUGUAUCUCUUUGAUAGAGAUCACGUUGUCUUCUCAGCUCCUCAUCUCUCAUUCCCAAAUCGUAAGGGACCUCACAGAGAUACCCUUGUAGAUGGGGAGAUGAUUAUCGACACAGUGGACGGCAAAUCCGUAGCAAGAUAUCUCAUCUAUGACAUCAUCAAAUAUUGGGGCAAACCAGUAGGUGGAUGCGACUUUGGUUGGAGGAGACGAUGUAUCCAAGAUGAGAUCAUAGCACCUAGAGAGGUUGAGUUGCAGAAAGGCUCCAUCGAUAGGAUGCGAGAACCUUUCGGCAUCAGAGAGAAACCCUUCUGGGAUAUAACCUCGUCUAAGAAGAUACUUGAUGGAAGCUUCAGCCAAGAACUGAUGCAUGAGACAGAUGGACUCAUAUUUCAACCGCACAAAGAUCCGUACAUACCAGGACGAUGUGACUUGAUACUGAAGUGGAAGCCACCCAGUCUAAACUCUGUUGACUUCAGAAUCAAGGUGACCGUUGUCAAGAGAGAAGGGUGCAUCCCAGAGACGCUUGGUCUGCUCUUUGUCGGGGGUCAACAGCAACCCUUUGGACAAAUGAAGAUCACCAAGGACCUGAAGCAGUAUGACAAUAAGAUCAUUGAGUGUUCCUACAACAACAAGAAAGGUUGGCAGUUUAUGAGAGAGAGGACGGACAAGAGCUUUCCCAACGGCUACAAGACAGCCGUCGCCGUGUGUCAGAGUAUACAAAAUCCAGUCACCAAGGAUUUCCUGAUGAACUUCAUCGACAAGGAAGCCAUCAAACCUUCCAGCAACAAACGUCCUGCAGACAACAGCAGCAGCAGCAGUAGUAGUCCUCGGCCCCCUCCCGCCAAGCAGCAGAGGACAGACAGCCACCCACCUUCCUCCCUGGCCAGCGGACCAGGCAGGCCAUCAAGCUCCCUCAUGCCUCCUCCUCCAGCUCCACUCCAUCACUGAGAGAGGGAAUGUUUUUUUAAAUUUCUUUGAGAAAAAGGACUCAAUUUGACAAUGAAGCUGGUUGAUUUCUUGGCGGUGACGAGACAGGAACCAUUAUUCGGCCUCUCUCUGUACCAUGAGAUUUGCAAAGCCCGCAAGCUUGCUCAUGCCUCGUCAUGCGUUGGCUCUACGGUCAUCAGAAAGGAGGGGGAAGGAAGGGAGAGAGAGAUGAGAGAGAGAGAUGAGAGAGAGAGAUGAGAGAGAGAGAGACGAGAGA